UAACAAGACUUAGUAGAAAAAUAAGGAGAAGACAGGCUGGCGUGACACGGAUAUAAGUCCAGGUGGGCCGGGGCUGAGGAGCUGAUGUGAGGCGACUGGUGGAUAUUGGCCUAUUUCACCGUCUGUACCUGUGCAAGCAACUCCUACUCCUAAUUUUCCAAAGGUACCACAAGCAGUAGCCAUGCCUGAGGAGCAGAGCCAAAGUGAGCGGCAGCAGGAGGGCGCCUCCGGGGACCAAACACAGCAGGCCCGGGGAAUGGAGGCACUCAAAACACACAUUUUGGAGCACAAGGUGGAGACUCUACUCUGGGCCACCCGUGCCCUCACUCUCAUCUUCUGCAUAUCCUACCUCAUCCCUGUAUUCGGGAACCCAUACAGCAGUUACCAGAAGGUAUUAAUGAGCAAUGCUGCCACGUCUGCCCUUCGCCUCACCCAGCGCAUCCCCUCUGUUCAGUUCUCAAGAGAAUUCUUUGCUCAUCUGCUGAUGGAAGACUCAGCCCACUACCUCCUUUACUCUAUCAUCUUCAUGUAUACUUCACCCAUGACAAUGGUCCUUGCUCCCAUCUUCCUGUUUGCUCUUCUCCACUUUGCAAGCUAUUCCCUUGGCCUUCUAGAUGUCAUAGGGCAAAAUAAUGCUCUAGGUUCAAGGUUCCUGAUUUCUCUCAUAGAAUACCACCACAGAAACAUUUUACGAGGAGCAGCCUUUGUUGAAAUCUUCCUCAUGCCUCAUUGUGUUCUCUCUCUCCUUAUGGGCAGGGGCAGCCUCAUAACACCGUUUGCAUACUACCGUUUUCUGACCCUGAGGUAUUCCUCCCGUCGUAACCCGUAUACCCGCAACAUGUUCCACGAGCUGCGGGUGGCAUGUGAACACCUGGCCAAUUCCCCCAAUACCCCAACCUUCCUGCGCAAUGCUCUUUACCGGAGCAUCACGUUCGUGUCUGGUCUGGCUCCUAUGGUGACCCAGUAGCCUUACUCUACCACCAGGGAUUUAUCUAGCCAUAGGGAACACAGGAAUAUAUUAUUAUGUGAAAGGAAGGAAUGCCUAUGUUCUUCUCAUUCACACAAGGGAACAGAGCUUUACCAUAGACUUCUCCAAGUGAAUAAUAUUGCUUAGUGUCAUGUUUAGACUACUCUUGAGGAUGAGAGGCCCAACAGAGAGAUCGAACACAAUGUCAUAUCAAAGAUAAAAGAGUAAAAGAUGUACAGUAUCUUGGCAGGGUUUCUUUUCGUAAAAAGUUAAAUUUUGACUACAUUAUACUUUAUGUGUAUGGAAUCAUAAUGAUAUAUAUGACUAUAAAUAGAAUAAGAUACUUGAAAUAAGUAUAUAUAUUUUCUAGUGAGUAGCUUCCAUUAUAUUUUGGUGAUGUAGUGCUAUUGAUAAAGCAAUUCACCACAGAUGGAUGAAACUUUAUUCAUGAAUUACUGUGAAGCAACUAAACGUCAGCUGCAGCGGUCACAGUUUUGCUUGGUGUAUUUUCUCAACAGUGUAAUAACAUCUCAUAGCAUUGCAGGAUCUCUGCCAAGAGUGAUCACAUGAAAAAUUGUUUAUUCUCAUUCUCAGCAUCUUUGUUCUACUUGGCCUUAAGACCUUAACACAGUGGUUUGUUCCACCUAUGGUAUCCUUGUAUCCAUCUAGCCCAUCAUGUCCUCCAGGCAGUCAGCUGUGUCACACCUUUGGGAAGUUUAUGCGGAGUGUCAUACCUUUUUUCCUGUCUUCACAUGUUUGAAAUUAAUUAUAAGACAAACUUGCAUCAAUAUUCAUUCCAAUUUCAUUCUCUCUCUCUCUCUCUCUCUCUCUCUCUCUCUCUCUCUCUCUCUCUCUCUCUCUCUCUCUCUCUCUCUCUCUCUCUCUCUCUCUCUCUCUCUUAUAGUAUUUUUAUGAAGGUAUGUUUUGAUGUUCAUUUACUUUUCAGUUAUUCCAGAAGCGUACAAAUAGAAGCACACCAUAAUGUGUUAGGGGAAGAAUGAAAUAAAAUGAAUUGAUUUUGAACAUUUGAAGAUGUGACCUACAAAAAUGACUUUCAUAGUUACGCCUUAUUAUUCAUAGCAGUUUAAAAUAAAUGAAAUGAAGGUGUGAAUAUAUGAUUAUUUUUGAGAAUUACCUCAGUCUGAUUAUACAUUUGAUUUUGCAUAAAGCUGGGAUGUUCAAGUACAAUGGUGAAAAAAUAUGUUUUACCUUAAAGUAGAUUGUGAUGUAAUUUCCAUUACUAGUCUGUGGUGCAUUUAUAAAAUUAGUUCUGGACUUGUAUAUUAUGUUGAGCAUGUCACAAAUUUGGAAGAUGGUCAUUAAAUAAUACAUUUUUUCACAUUGUAAGUUGCAUGUAAAAUCUUAUAUUGUGUUGGUCCUUUGUUCAUUAGUGUUGGAAAAAUAUUUAUUCUAAAAAUCAGUGCAUGCCAUGAGUUUGAUUUAAAGAGGUGAUUUGUCUCCUAGAAUGGCUUAUAAAUGUGGUUUGUCUUUUGCCAGUAUUGUUUGUGGAUGAAGUUUGUCUUCUGGCAGUAGGUAUUGUUUGAAAAUUAGUUUUACUUCCAGCAGAUAAACAUACAUGAAAAUUUGCUAAUUCUUAAUUUUCACCAUUAACUUGGUUAGAGCAUCAAUUGCAUGGUAGCAUUAUUAUAAAACUCCUGAAAUAAAUCUAAAUUAAGAUUUAGUUCUGUUAUUCAGUUAAUACUAAAAAGAUGUUCAAACCCAUAGAUGUCAAAUAACACCUCAUAAAUUUUGUUAAUGAUAGGAUAUAUUAUUAUUAUUUAUUAAUUUAUUUCACAUUUUUCCUCCCUUCACAGCAACUUUGCAAUUGUGGUCAUACAAGUAGUGCAUCUGCAGGAGAGAAUGUGAUAUUUAUAUUUUUUGGUAAUGAAUAGCUCUUCCUUCCCUUUCUUGACUAGUCAAGUAAGAUAUCCCUUUAGACUUCUGGAAACAUGGUCAGAUUACCCUUAAAAUUAGCAAACUAAAUAGAACAUUCAUAAGUAUUGCAAGUUAUCAUGGGGUGGCCACAGAGAGUGGAGAGUACCACUUCUCUUGUGCUAGUGCACUAUUCUUAUGUAGUUGAAUUUUAUAGAGAAAAAAUUAUAUAAUUGGUAAAACAUACAAACUGAUUCCUGAAGCAUUUAGCAUUCUGUUGUUUGUUUCCUUCUGGUCAAGUCUGGGCAGAUUUGAUAACGAUGUGUGUGUGUAAGCAUUCAUGUGUGCACUGGCAGGAAUUACAUUUUCUGUGCAUGGAUGUAUCUUGUGUGAGAGCACUUACCCUGGAGCAAAAUAUUAAUUGUGGUGGAGGCAGUCACUUGAUACAAGCUGUAUGUAGAAACAUGAGUAACAUGUCUAAAAUUCAUUUGUAUUUUUUUUUUUUUUUUACUUUAUUUUGUUAAACUACUAAUAUAUUUACAUUGUCUUCAGUAAGCUUCAAAAUUUGUUGGCCAUUUUUUUUUUAUCAUCUAAGUCUACUUCAGCUGCUUUGUGUUGAAAGUCAUUAUUAUAACCUUUGACCAGCAUGCCGAGUUGCAAAUUCUGUGGUACUUCACCUUCAGAUAAAUGUUCUCCAGCCUGUCCUAUAACUACAGCCAAGAGCUUAACACUGAGGGUUGUAUCUCCAGAUAUGCAAAAAGCAUUUGCCUUCUGUCAUUAUACAGAGUAUAUUUCCUAUAAAAUCCAAAAUCAUUUUGUACAGAUAUGUGUUGUGUAAUAAAAGAUUAAUGUAA